AUGUCGUCUUCUUUCGAACCGUCGCUUUCCACAAGCGGCAUGCGUCCCCCCUUAGCCUCAGCAGAUGCGCCCUCCAUGGCAGACUCCUUACCUAGCGUCAAUUUUGGAUUCGAGGAUCUGCGCAAUCGCAUGGCUCAGUUUACAGCAAGAUUUGACGCAUUUAUUGAAAAGGGCCGUAAACAAGUCCUUGAAGAAACAAACCAAUUUCACAUCAAUCUCGCUGAGUUGCAGGAGAAUCAACGAAUGCGUCAGCGCGAUAUCGAAAUAGAGAACCUGAAAGCCCAAACCCAUGCACAGACGCUACAAAAAGAAUCCGCCGAGGCCGCUGAAAUGCACGCCGCCAUCUCCUCAAUAACCCUGGAGCGCGACUCACGACUCACAAAGCGCGAUCGCCUCAGGCAACAAAUCGCGGAAACUCAGAAGGCAAUCAACCAAAGACUGGAGGCACAAAAGAAUCACGCGAGAAAUUUGGAUGCGCAAUCGCGUCUCAACAACCCGGAGUUGGAGUUCUGGCAGGAUUAUCUGUGUUUACGGAUUGACGGCGCCGGUCGAGAAGACCGAUUGAAAUUUGUUUACAAUCAUAUUGUGGAGAAGGAUUGGGAAGCCGAAGCAUGGUUCGAGUUAGGAACUGCUAGUCGUGAUUACGAGGUAUUCCAUACCCGGCCUAAGGUGGACCGGGAUGCGUUGGAGCGCGAGGUGGAACUUGUCAAUGAUGAUCGGGAUUUCGGGGCCUUCCUCAAGCGAAUGCGCAAGUUAUUCGUUGAUACAAUGAACUGA